AUGGCCACAGUUGUGAAAGCUCUCCUGCUGAUGGUUCUAUACAUCUUAAUUUAUUCAGCCGAUUGUAAAUCUGAUCAAAUGUCUGUCCAAGUUGUUCCAUAUCCUUUUACAAAAGCAAAGGAUAUUUGUCCUGGGAGAUACUGUGGACGUAUGCCCGGUGAAACCCAGUGUGGUGUAACCUUGUGCCAGAGGCUACAUGCCAGAUUCCCAGUCUGUCUGUCAGAGGUGCGCUGGUGUUCCCAUAUUUUUUAUGACUGGCUGUACCUUGGCUUUAUGGCACUGGUGUCACUAGUCUUGCACUGGGGCUUCAUCGAUUUGAUUGUCCCGGCCCAAAAAGUAAUACUGUUGCUUCAUUUGUCUGCGUUCGUUGAAACAGUGCUGGCCGGGUGGUUAACUCUGUUCCUGUCAGAUCCCGUAGGGCAGAUGAAAAUCAGGUCCUGCCCGGUGAAGCAGUUCAGCGACUGGUACACACUGUUCUUCAACCCUUCACCAGACUACUACAACACCAUCUACUGCACACAAGAGAUUGUUUAUCCUUUGUAUACAGUUGUCAUGAUCUACUACACGCUGUGUCUGGUCUUCAUGAUGUUGCUGCGACCCUUCAUUUCAUACAAGUUUGCUGCCUGUCAGGGCUCCCGGUCUAUUUAUGCUGCAUUGUAUUUCCUGCCCAUUCUCAUCCUUGUGCACUCUGUACUUGCUGGCGUUAUAUAUUAUGCUUUCCCUUACAUCAUCGUGGUUGUGUCCAUCAUCACCAGUGCCUGUCAUCUGGCUACUGAAGAGAAUCAGAAAAUGAAAGAUUUAAUCAAGCAAAACUUCACCAAUGUCCGCAACCUGAUGAUACUGCUCGGACACUGGGCUCUCCAUGCUUAUGGCAUUAUUGCCAUCACACAGUUGACCCAGCCUGUGUUUCAUGCAUCUCUCAUCGCUUUCGUCCCAUUCCCUACAAUAUUCUAUAUUGUUACUGUGCGAUUCACAGAUCCCUCAUUGAUGUACCCUUUCAGACCAUGUAACUUGCAAGGUGUUUGA